AUGAAGGGUAUUCAGAAGAAAGGGGGGAACGAGAAAUUUGUUGAUCAGUUCAAAGGGGCCUUCGACAGGGGAUCUCUUAUCACCGUAUUUGUUCUUAAUAUGUACAGAAGGUUUAUUGGCGCUCCUAGCCAAGUUCCAGAGGGAAGCAAAAAUUCUAGUAAAGACAAGCAGGAGAUAGUUAAGAACAUAUUUGGGAUCCAGGUCACAAAUAGCCUAGAGAAAUAUCUUGGACUACCAAUAAUAAUUGGGAAAGGGAAGAAGAAAGCAUUUAGAGGAAUCAUGAACAAGAUGAGGCAAAGGGUACAAAGCUGGAGUCAGAAGCGGAUAUCUGAUGGAGGCAAAGAAGUUUUCAUUAAACAGGAAAGGAAAGGAAUACACUGGUUGCCUUGGAGGAAAAUGUGUAUAGGAAAGUGGGCUGGUGGUAUGGGGUUUAGGGAUAUGGAGCACUUCAACAAGGCCUUAUUAGUCAAGUAUGGUUGGCGAUUAUUACAUAAUACAUCAGCAUUGGCGUAUAAGGUGCUUAAAGAAAAGUACUUCCCUAAGAUCUCAUUUUUUGAAGCAAGCGUGGGUCGGUCUUUGUCUUAUAUAUGGAGAAGUAUUGGCAUGGGGAGAAAACUGUUACGACAUGGAGUAAGAUGA